ACCAUCCCAAGACCCCAACAAGACCCACAGACCAUUCCUAGACCCCAGCAAGAUCCACAGACCAUCCCAAGACCCCAACAAGGCCCACAGACCAUCCCAAGACCCCUACAAGGCCCACAGACCAUCCCAAGACCCCUACAAGGCCCACAGACCAUCCCAAGACCCCAACAAGGCCCACAGACCAUCCCAAGACCCCUACAAGGCCCACAGACCAUCCCAAGACCCCAACAAGACCCACAGACCAUCCCAAGACCCCUACAAGGCCCACAGACCAUUCCAAGACCCCUACAAGGCCCACAGACCAUCCCAAGACCCCUACAAGGCCCACAGACCAUUCCUAGACCCCAACAAGACCCACAGACCAUUCCUAGACCCCAGCAAGACCCACAGACCAUUCCUAGACCCCUGCAAGAUCCACAGACCAUUCCUAGACCCCUGCAAGAUCCACAGACCAUUCCUAGACCCCAACAAGAUCCACAGACCAUUCCUAGACCCCUGCAAGAUCCACAGACCAUUCCUAGACCCCUACAAGACCCACAGACCACCCCAAGACCCCUACAAGACCCACAGACCACCCCAAGACCCCAACAAGACCCACAGACCACCCCUAGACCCCUACAAGACCCACAGACCACCCCUAGACCCCAGCAAGACCCACAGACCACCACAAGAACCCUACAAGGCCCACAGACCACCCCUAGACCCCAACAAGACCCACAGACCACCCCUAGACCCCAGCAAGACCCACAGACCACCACAGGAACCCUACAAGACCCACAGACCACCCCAAGACCCCUACAAGACCCACAGACCACCCCAAGACCCCAACAAGACCCACAGACCACCCCUAGACCCCUACAAGACCCACAGACCACCCCAAGACCCCUACAAGACCCACAGACCACCCCUAGACCCCAACAAGACCCACAGACCACCCUUAGACCCCUACAAGACCCACAGACCACCCCAAGACCCCUACAAGACCCACAAGACCAUUCCUAGACCCCAGCAAGACCGCCUUUAUUAA